AUGCUCCGGCGAAAAAUUUUGCAAGCGUCUUUGAGAAACCAGUCCGCUGGCUCUUUCAACAGUUCGUUUUUCAAGUCCUCGCAAUCAGCUGGGAAUUAUGAUGUCAAAGAAUUCUGCAAAACUCUGGAUGUGAAGAAGCGACAGGCGAUCGAACAUGAGCUCCGACGACUUCGUCGAGAGGGUGAUGAGAAUAUCGCAAUGCACGCGCGGACUUCUGUUACAGUCAAGCCAUCGAAUACGCAACUGCGAAUUUGCUUCGUCCACAAUGCUGUUCCGUUCAUUGGAUUCGGCUUUUUAGAUAAUUUUGUGAUGUUGAUCGCUGGAGACUACUUUGAGGCAACUUUAGGCGUGUACUUUCACAUAUCGGUACUUGCUGCAGCCGGCCUUGGUAACACCAUCUCAGACGUUGUAGGAAUCUUCUUCGGCGGCUACAUCGAACUGGUUGCAGAUCGAAUGGGACUCCCAGCUCCCAAGUUCUCUGCUCAAGAAGCAGAUUCUACGCAUGCGAGAGUAGCGCGAAACUCUGGGCAGGCGUUCGGAAUCGUCCUCGGCUGUUUACUUGGCAUGUGUCCGCUACUUUUCCUUGACACCGAAAAGCACACCCGUGAGAAACCCAUCGAAAAAGUCGAAAACGAUUGCGAAACGAAAAGCACUUCCUUUGAAAAAAUGUGGAAAUGUCCACGGCGAACUGAUUCCAGCCUUUUGUGCAAUGUUGCUCUUCAGGCCGGGAUAUUGAUCUUCAUUUAUGUCAUUACUAUCACCAUCAUCUUCGUUUUUCUUCAAAUGGAGCUUUCUGGAAAGAGAAAAAAAUUGCAGAGAAAGCGACUUUCAUCUCGAUACAUGUCUUUUACUGAAACAUCGACUGUAUUCUAA